AUGUAUAUCCUCGACGCCGGAGCUCGAUUCUCCGCCGUUAGAUUCUCACCGGUACUCAGUAAUCCUUCCCUUACACAUCUCCGCAGACGACACUUCAUCGUAAGGGCUAAUCUUCCGUUUCCGAAGCAUCAAGCUAAAUACCAGAAAGAGCUCGAAGCCGCCAUUGAUGCAGUUGAUAGAGCUUGUCGUCUCUGUGUCGAUGUCAAGAGAUCGCUUUUCUCUUCGAAAGAGAAGAUUCUCGAGAAGAAUGACCAAACUCCAGUUACAAUUGCAGAUUUCGGAGUCCAAGCUUUAGUCAGCUUAGAGCUUUCGAGACUGUUUCCUUCAAUACCUUUGGUGGCUGAAGAAGACUCUCUCUUCUUGCGUGCAAAUAACCUCGUGAGCUCUGUGGUCAGUGAAGUUAACGCAAAAGCAAGCAUUGGAGACGAUCAAUUAUCUGAUGCUGAUGUAUUGGAAGCAAUUGACAGAGGUGGAAAAGAUGCUUAUACGUUUUGCAACAAACCAGCUACUUAUUGGAUUUUGGAUCCAAUAGAUGGGACAAGGGGCUUCCUUAAAGGAGAUGAGGCUUUAUAUGUGGUAGGAUUGGCACUUGUUGUAGAUAAUGAGAUUGUGCUAGGGGUCAUGGGCUGUCCAAACUGGCCUGGAGACUCUCCAGAUGGAUCUACCGGGACCUUAAUGCUCUCGCAUAUCGGCUGUGGAACAUGGACCAAGAGGUUACAAGUAUCCGGUGAUUGGACAAGGUGUUUAGUUGAUGCAUGUGGUUUAGUGAACAAGGCUCGGUUUUGUAUUCCAGAGAGCCAAACCUGGGAAUCACUUCCUCUCUCUGAUUUGUUCGGCGCAAGAGUAGAUUCAGAUGACUUGCAGCAUAAAGAGAUUCUACUUUUGCCCACAUGUUGUGGAAGUUUGUGCAAGUAUUUGAUGGUAGCUUCUGGUAGAGCAUCGAUUUUCCUUCAACGAAUAAAAACUCAGCGAACAAUAAAGUCGUGGGAUCAUGCUGUUGGGAUCAUAUGUGUUCAUGAAGCUGGAGGAAAGGUAACAGAUUGGGAAGGAGAUGAAAUCAGUUUAGAGGAAGAUCAAUCAGAAAGGAGGCUCAUUUUUCCGGCGGGUGGCAUUGUAGUUAGCAACGGAAGUUUACAUCAUCAGAUUCUUGAGAUGAUCUCUUCUGCUUCACCAACUCUUUGA